CGGUGACCACUGUGGUCUCUCACUUCACUCUCUUCCCCUCUCAUCGGACCAUGGAGGAACCAAAGAGCAGGACAAAACCAAUAGCUCUCUUCAUGGCUUUUGGCACCAAAGGAGAUGUCUACCCUCUCGCUGCAAUUGCUGCAGCUUUGGCUCGUGAUCAACCAAACUACUCUGUUUUCUUGAUUUCACAUUUAGCUCAUGAGAACCUAAGCUCACAUUUACUCAAAGCAAAUGUUUCCUUUGUUCCUAUCACUUCUCCUCCUGCUCAGUCUAGUGAAGCUACAGAGUCAUCAAGGAAGCUCUUUUUGGAGGAGAAGGAAAAGAUCAAAGUGGAACACAGACAAGAGUGUUGUUCUGCAUUUAGAAGCAUCUUUGGAGAGGGUUCUUGUCUGGAGGGUGAUCUCGUUGUCAUAAAUUUCUUUGCUUUGGAGGGAUGGAGCCUUGCAGAGCUUUAUGAGAUUCGUUGUGUGGUGGCUGCACCUUAUGUUGUUCCGUAUAGUCCACCAUCAGGUUUUGAAAGACAGUUUAGGAAGGAGCUUCCGGAGUUAUACAAGUACUUGAAAGAAGCCCCCAUCGGCAAGGUUAGCUGGAGUGAUGUAACUCAUUGGAUGUGGCCUCUUUUUACUGAAGAAUGGGGGUCUUGGCGAUCUGAGGAUCUUAACCUAAGUUGUUACCCUUUUGCAGAUCCAGUAACAGACCUUCCAAUCUGGCAUAACCGGCCACAUUCUCCACUAGUCUUGUAUGGUUUCAGCAAAGAAAUUGUGGAAUGCCCUGAUUACUGGCCAUUGAGUGUUCGAGUGUGUGGCUUUUGGUUUUUACCCAACGAGUGGCAGUUUUCAUGUAACAAGUGUGGAGACAAUCCCUCUGCAGGGCUUCUGGAUACAGAAGAUUCCCAUACAUGCUCAAACCACGCAGAGUUGUAUACUUUUGUAUCUUCUUUAGAGCCAGCUCUUCCUAUAUUUGUAGGGUUGAGUUCUAUUGGAAGCAUGGGUUUUAUGAAGAAUCCUCUGGCCUUUCUUCGAGUUCUCGAGUCUGUUAUCCAGAUUACAGGCUACAGAUUCAUCAUUCUCACAGCGGGUUAUGAACCUCUAGAAGCAGCAAUUUGCACCAUUGCUCAGGAACCGGUGAAAAGAUCUUUACAAGAGGGAGUCUCUAUCUUCAACGGCAAGCUUUUCUGCUUCUCUGGUAUGGUGCCAUACAAUUGGCUGUUUCGAAGAUGUGCUGCUGCAAUUCAUCAUGGUGGCAGUGGUUCUACAGCUGCAGCAUUACAUGCUGGAAUCCCACAGAUCAUAUGCCCAUUUAUGAUGGAUCAGUUCUAUUGGGCAGAAAAGAUGACGUGGCUUGGGGUUGCUCCACAACCAUUGAAAAGAAACCAGUUGCUCCCGGAGGAAUCAAAUGAUGAGAGCAUCAUGGAAGCUGCACAAGUGGUAGCAAAAGCUGUAUACGAUGCACUGUCUGCAAAAACUAGAGCUAGUGCCAUGGAAACCGCUAAAAUAUUGUCUCUUGAGGAUGGAGUCUCAGAAGCUGUGAAGGUGCUUAGAGAAGAGGUGUGUGAAGUUUCAGGCAGCAACCAAACGUUCUCACAAACAACUUAAAGUUAUAUCAGUUGAAACAUAAGCUGCUUAACCAGGCACUUGUCUUCAUAUAGAGUACACAACUGGCUACUUGAACUUUCUUAGGCAAUGUACAUGAGAGAGGCUUAGCUUCAGAAUCUAUAAGCAACGGCCUUUGAGUCUGACAAGCUGCACCUGCAUCUGUGCGUUUGGUGGUAAAUCAUAAAUGCACUAAGUUUUAGUUGUGGGUUGAAAUAUCUUUGAAAAUUUGGGAACCAAAAAGAAUAUUUCAUCAAUAUGUGCUCAAAAUCGGUUCUGCCUUAUCUACAAGUGCUUUCUGUAAACAUUUACAGUAUUUACUCUUUCCGUAUACAAAUGAUUGAUGUUUUAGUUUUUUUUUUCUUGUAUACAAAAGAGUUGAUGUUCUAUUUUUAGUUAAUGUUUU